AUGCCGUUCUCGGAUCCCUCCGUUUCAGGAGGCUAUCGCCUGUUUAACAAAACAGAACAGCCGCAGCCCCUCUUCCCGACAAAUACCAGUAGGCUUCUCUCCUCAGGAAACUGCCACGGGCAUCCCCGGUCAGUGACCCCGGGCUCGCCUCCAGUUUCUAAGAUAGUUUCUUCACCGUUUCCAAAGAAGCGGCCCAGAUUCUGCAAAGCAGAGAAAGCCCUUCCCCCCUUUCCACUUUUUACUCCAGAAUUUAAGUCUUUGCCGUUCUGUGGACAUACCUUGCCCACAGAGCGCUCCUACAAACUCCCGACUAUGGGAUCCUCCAGGGCGCGCCGCUCACCUCACCAGGUCCUGGACCGCCGAGGAGCGCCAGGCCCGCGGCUGGCGGCAGAACGCCGGCGGUGCCCGGGUCUCUCGCGGGUUCGCGGAGCCGGAAGGGACGGGGAGGGGCGGGAGCAGUACCGCAGGGCGCCGCGCCCAUCACCGCGCUGGGAGCCGGGAGGCGGCCGCGGAGGCGGCGGGACGGCGGCGCCCGGCUCUGCUGUCUGCGCGGGACGUCGGGUGCCUCAGGGGCCACCCGGGCCGGGCUCUGGCGGGGCCGCGCCUCCCGCCCCUCCCCUGGCACCGCCCCGCGCGCUGCGCCGGACCCCGCGCUCGGCCGCUCCCGGCCGUGCGGACCCGCGCCCCGCGCCUCCUUCGCCUGAACCGGGCUGCCCCUGGGGGGUCUCGGCGGCGGAGCGGCAAGAAAGACGCCCAUGCUCCAGUUCCCAAGAGCAGGAAUUAUGUCUGAGAUUUUGCCCUGGACUUUCCCCGGAUCUCUCAUUCUCUACAGCCAGACCCUUUCCUGUGGAACAUACAGAAAGUGUAUCCCCAAGCCCUCAGCUGCCAGGCACAAAAGGUUUAACAUCUUCUACCAAGGCCUGCCCUAUUUACCUCAAAAAGGUUUGUAGAAUCUUUCUCCUUUCUCUGCAUUCCCAUAUUGCUGCUCUUGUUAAACUUGAUUACCUUGGCCCGAAUCAUUUUAAGUUUCCUAACUGGUGUUCUUGUCUCCUGCCUCUUCCCACUCCCAAAACAGAACUAAGAAUGCUGCUUUCCUGA